CUCGUCCUCGAUUCCUCCGCCGCAUCGCCGCCGUCUCCUCCGCCUCCCUGUCUGUCCCCUCCCCACCCCCAUCCUGUAAAAGCACCGGCCAUUGCCGCACCGAGCUUCCCUCCCCUCAAAUGCCCGAGACCCCACCGCGGCGACGCGCCCCACCGUCCUCCGAUGGCUAACGGGCUCCUCCUCCGCGCCGCCUCCCCGGGCCUCCGCCCCGCCGUCGCGGGAGCGGCCGGCUCCUCCGCUGACUCCGGCCGGGGACACGGCGUGGUGACGAUCGGCGAUUCGAGGCCGCGCGUUGGUGCUCUGCGGGUGGGAGGAUCUAGCCGGAGAGAAUUCUCAUUUAUCACAACAGCCGCCAAAGAUCAUUCUGUCUUGACCCGGCAACUUCUAGAUUCGCGACAUGAUACAGUAGAUGAAGUAGGUACAGAACAUGAUCCGUUCAUUGAGUUGAAAGCGAGGUUCAUGGACUUCAAACAGCGAAACUAUGUGGAAAAAAUUUCAAAUUACCAAAGUUUGGCGCAACAGCAAACACCAAAGUUCAUGGUGAUUGCUUGUGCUGACUCCAGGGUCUGCCCUACCAGUAUUUUGGGGUUUCAGCCUGGGGAAGCAUUUACAGUUCGUAAUGUGGCAAAUUUGGUACCACCAUAUGAGCAUGGGGGUUCAGAGACUAGUGCAGCACUAGAGUUUGCUGUCAAUACACUCCAGGUAGAAAAUGUAUUGGUGGUAGGUCACAGCCGAUGUGGUGGCAUCCAGGCACUAAUGAGUAUGAAAGAUGAUUCGACCUCUGGAAGCUUUAUUAAGAACUGGGUUUCAAUUGGGAAGAGCGCAAGGUUAAGCACAAAAGCUGCAGCUGGAAACUUGAGUUUUGAAAUGCAGUGCACACAUUGUGAAAAGGAAUCAAUAAAUAGCUCUCUUUUGAACUUGUUAACAUACCCAUGGAUAGAGAAAAGGGUGAAUGAAGGUACUCUGAACCUUCAUGGAGGCUACUACAACUUUGUAGAUUGCACAUUUGAAAAAUGGACAUUAGUGUACCGUGAAGGACUCAAAGGCGGAAGCAAGUAUGCUAUAAAGAACAGGUCAUCCUGGUCUUGAUCAAUGAAGGCCUUAUUUACUUGGACGAACAUAAAUGCAUCGACAUUGUGGCAGUUAUUUGAUACAGAGACUCGCAACUGUAGAAGGACAAAAUCACAAUGGAGUGAGGUGCAACACAAUGAACAAUAUGGUAGCAAAGUGAAAGUCUGUCGAGCUGCCGGGGACACAGUGAAUUUUAUCCAACUAUUUGUAUGUUGUUUUCUGAUUGAAACCAUUAAGUAAUUAUGAAUAAGCUGCAAGAGUCGGUCAUAGCACAAAUGCAUGUAGUCAUCGCCACAUUUGGCGUCACCGUGUGUUAUUGUAACAUUUGUACCAUUUGUUGUGUAUCAUUGUAACUGUGAGACACAAAUAUUAUAAAACAUCUGUAUCUGUUACUCUGUUA